UUGGUGUCACUGACAUCCUGGGAGCACGCAACAGCACGAUCCGGUGCCCGCUGCGUCCUCCGGACACAGUGGAACACCGAUCGUCAUAUGGGACCUCUGUGUGAGGUCCCGAUCAUCUGAUCACUGAUUGGCCAAUCAGUGAUCACAUGAAAAGUAGUAAGCAAGAUGUCACUUCUGACAUCUUUGCUUACUACGUGUGAAAUCUGUGAAUGAUCACAGAGGUCACAUGGUACAGGGCUAUUCACAACAGCCUUGUACCAUGUGACAAGCUGUGACCAAUCACAGCUCAC